GUAACUUUUCCAAGCUCUGGUUCCUCCUAGUUAGUAGCCACUGAACAUCAAAUGCUUGAAUGGCCUCUUUUACGGAUCCUUAAUAUGAGGGUAGCAUUGUGUGCCCCGGUUUUCAGAAGAGAGAGACAGAGAUGCACUGGAAGCAGCAGAACAGUGACAACUUGGAGCUCUCUCUGGCAUUGGAGUCCUUAACUCUUUGGAGAACCAUCCUGUCCUGAUGAGAUGCUUUCAGGACGGCAGUUACUGGAAGGGCUCAGCCGCCACCGGAGCACGUCUACCCUGGAUGCAGGGUUGAACCCAGGCACUGUGAUGCUGCAGGCCCUCUACAACUACCAGUAUAAAUCUGAGGAUGGGAGGUGGGUGACCAUUCAAGAAGGCGAGGUCUUCCAGCUUAUGCACAAGGCCAAUGAGGACUGGUGGCAGGUACGGCGGCAUGGCCAGCCCAAGCAGAAGCGACCCAUCUUUGUGCCUGCCACCUAUGUGGUUGAAGUGCCCCUUGGCACAAGAACAGCCCCCCAGGAAAAUACUGCACUACAUCCUGGCAUCAGUACAAAUACAGAGCAAGACGUCAGUGGGUCCGCUUGCUUGGAAGAGCUGUCUUGUUCUCUGGAGGACUUGUACACGCCAUCACAUCCUCUGUCUUUCCAUACGGGCUUCAUGUCCUGCCACAGACUCCCUCUACGAACGAUGAGAUCCUGCCCCCCCCCUCUUCUUGGCAGGAGACACAGCGCAAGCAGCUUGACUGAAAGUGACAGCACAAGUGCAAGGCAGGAGCAGAGUUUAGAAGAGGAAAUGCUGACAAUGAAAGGGAACUGCAACCAAGAGAUGUUAGAUGAUACUCACUUGCCUCCCCCUGGUCCUGAUGGGGGAAAAAACCCAAUUUACUGCAAUCUGGAGGAGAUGAAACAACUAGCAACAUUGCCCCCCAGCCCUCGCAGCCCCCCACUGCAGGUGCUUGAAACUUGGGAACACCAUAUAGAUUCAGCUUCCCUGCGCAGUUACUUCUACAAGCCAGCAACGGGUGAGAAGUCAUGGAAGCCACCACGGAGGAACCAAGAGAUGAGCUCAGUACAUCCGGAGAGACACGGCCCCUCAGUCCCAGGAGACUCUGCUCCAGGUGCAAUGCUGGACAAAGACGAAGAUGGAGCAAGGGGUGAGGGUCUCAGGGCCAGACCCAGGGAGCUGAACUACACCAAGUCCAUGGUGCUGCCAGAGACGCGGGUGCCCAAGGGAAGUCAUCGGCGGAAUCUUUCCCAACAUAGCUGUGAGGCCUGGCUAGGAGAAUACCCUGCAUCAUCAGCCCCUGCCAACGGUUCUCCCUCAGACAACCCUGACCUGCUGCAUAUGGUGGAGAAAACGGGACGGCUGAACAAAACUAAGAUUGCAGAAGGAGGCCGAAAACUCAGAAAGUGCUGGGCAUCCUCGUGGCUGGUGUUGGCUGGGAACAGCCUCAUGUUCUAUAAGGACCCCAAGGUGGCAGCUGCUUGGACUCCAGCCGGUAGCCGGCCUGAAAGCAGCGUGGAUUUGCGUGGUGCCCGCAUUGACUGGGCCAGGGACUUGUCCAGCAAACGGAAUGUCAUCCAUUUCCGCACUGUGACUGGCAAUGAGUAUCUCCUGCAAUCAGACAGUGAGGCUGUCAGCCAAGAUUGGUACCAGGCUAUCAAAGGGGUCAUCCGUAGGCUGGAUCAAGAGAAUCCUCUGGAUGAGCCACUUCUGUAUCCACUCUGCCGGUCAAACAGUGCUGAACUUGUAGACCUCAGUGCUGAUGAGGAGGAGGAGCUGGGCACCCUGAAGAGUGAGGCGCAGGCAGCACCCUCCAGUCCCAACAGAGCCUACAAGAAACGGGUCAAGAGCAAGCUGAGACGGUUCAUUGCCAAACGGCCGCCACUGCAGAGUUUACAGGAAAAAGGACUGAUCCGAGACCAGGUCUUUGGUUGCCGGCUAGAAGCCUUGUGCCAACGGGAAGGGGGCACAGUACCACAUUUUGUCCAGCAAUGCGUGGAAGCUGUGGAACAGAGAGGGCUGGAUGUGGAUGGGAUCUACAGGGUCAAUGGAAACUUGGCCGUUAUUCAGAAGCUGAGAUUCAUUGUUGAUCGUGAGCGGGCAGUGACAUCGGAUGGGCGCUAUGUCUUCCCAGAGCAACGUUGUCAAGAGGAGAAGCUGCGCCUGAGUGACCCUCAAUGGGAUGACGUGCACGUGAUCACAGGCGCCCUCAAGCUUUUCUUCCGGGAGCUACCUGAACCGCUGGUGCCGCACAGCCUUUUUGAUGAAUUUAUAGCUUGUGUCAAAUUGUCUGACCCUAAGGAAAAAGUAUCCAAGCUGUCAGAGCUGAUCCAAAGCCUCCCACAACCGCACCGGGAUACACUGCAUUAUUUACUGGAACACCUUCGCAAGGUGAUGGACCACUCAGAUGCCAACCGGAUGACAACACAGAAUAUUGGCAUUGUCUUUGGGCCAACACUUCUGCGACACGAGCGAGAUGUGGCUAGCCUGGUGGAGGACAUGGUGUACCAGAACCAGGUGGUGGAGCUGCUCCUCACUAAAUUUCCUAGCAUCUUUGGAGGCCCAGGUGCUGAAUGACCUGACUGGUACCUAAAUCUCAGGUGCUAGUGGUUUAUCUUAAAUGGACAUUGGACCAUGGAAAAUCUAGUUCUGGAACAAGCAUGGACUCGAUGUAGCUCUGAACACCGCUGACGUGGCUGUUGCUGUUGGAUCACUCUUGCUUGGCAUCAGCUUCUUGCACUGUGGGUCUAUAGUUGGUUUGGACCUCUGCAGGGUCAUCAUCCAGGAUCUUUACGCCGAGUCAAAUUUUGAAGUUGGUGCAACCCAGAGAAGGGUGUUCCCCCUGCAAAUUUGUCACACACCUCCAAGUGAAGCAAAGCCUAUUUGAGCUUUCUGAAAUGUAGCUGAGGCAAAUCAAAGAAAGAUGAAAUGACUUCUUAGGUAUGGAUUCUGGUGAAGAAUAAGAAAAAUAGGAGCUACCCAUUUACCCUAUUCCUCUAACAUCAUCAAUCAGUCAUCAAUGAAGUUCUGCAUCCCAUUUCUCAUUCUGUUUAGCCAGCCAUUGUGUUCUUUCCACAUGAUGUGGUACCUUUGAUGUGCUGGGCUCCUUACAGCAAAGGGUGUUUUUGCACCCUUCUACACCUGUGUAACAGCUCAUCACUGUGGCCUUGAAGCCAUGCAGUAAAGCAGACUUCCUCUGGGACCGGAAUGGGGAACUGCGUCUCUCUAGAUGUUGCUGGACUACAAUUCCUAUCAUGCCUGACCAUUGGCCACACUGGCUGGGGCUGGUGGAGUCCAACAACAUCUGGAGGGUAACAGGUUCUCUAGGUGUUGUAGGAGGCAUCCUUUGUAACUCAUUCUGUUAGGGCACAUCUUUACUUAGAAAGAAGAAAGUAAAACCAUUUGAAACUGCUAUGGUUUCCUGCAAACAACCCUGUGAACUAUAGUUUAAUGAAACUGUUGCAUUUUCUGUAUUUGUGAUCCUGUGUCCCUCCACACAUCUACACUUCUCAAGAGUCUUUUUUUGGUCUACAACUAUGACGUUUAGAACUGGUCUGGGGGGGAAAUACCUGGUUGAAACAAGGCACAUCUUGAUUGCUGUGGCUCUCUGAAACCAAUGUGUCAGCUCAUGGCAGCCAUCUCCAAUCUCACGGCUUCCAGAUAUUUUCGACUACAACUCCCAUUGGCCUCAAUCGUUGUACCCAAAGGCUAGGAAUGAUGGAAGGUUUAGCCCCACAAUCUCUGAAGGGUAUCAGUUUGGAGAAGGCUGCCUUAUGGCAUAGAAGCCUUGCAUUGAACAACUCACCAUGUAGCCAUAGGUGACCAGGAAGUCCACGUGGGCAAGUGAGCAGGCUGGCAGAAAAGGAAUGCACCACUCCAUUCCUCCUCUGCCAGCCUUCUUGGCUUCCAUGCUAAUGAUGGAGGAAGGACAGUGUUUCUCCAAAACCAGCACGAAAAUACAGUAGGCUAGUAGAAUCAGGGCAAAGUGCUCCCUCCUGUUCCAGCCCACUUGGUAGAAGAGUUUUAAAAAAACAACAAAAAACUAGCCUUAGAAGUUAGUAGCCAGCAUUUCUAUGCUAACCAUGGAGGAAGUGGCUACUAGCCUCUUAGCAAGGUGUGUUAUUUUUUUUGACAGGCUAGUAAUUUUUGUGAACCUAUUUACAAGGCUGGCAUACAGUUGGUUCCUCUUGCAACAUUUUAUCUCGUCUUUCUCAGUGGCUUGUAAUAGUUGAUGAAAAGGAAGCAUACAAUAAAAUGUGUUUCUGGGUGCUUCAUCCCCUCUC